AUGGGACUAGGGCAUCUUCUUCCUCUCAUGGACUCUUGCAAGGAUUUGGAGACGGCGAGGAAGAUCCAGGCGAUGCUUCGAUCCGAGGACGAUGUCUUCCUCCACAACCGGCUGAUCGGAGUUUAUGGGAGAUGCGGCAGCGUGAGCGAUGCCCGUGCGGUGUUUGACACGAUCAGGCGCAAGGAUUGCUAUUCGUGGCACGCGAUGAUCACUGCCUAUGCGCGGAGCGGCAAUCCGGAGGCUGCCAGGCGGGUGUUCGAUCAGAUGCCUGUCUGGGACGUGGUGUCGUGGAAUUCGAUCUUGGGCGCGUUUGUCAGGGCGGGAUUUCUCGCCGAGGCGGAGAGGAUCUUUGAUUCCAUGCCUGAGAGGAAUCUUGUUUCGUGGAACUCCAUUGCCGCUGCGCAUGCCCAACAAGGGAACUGGUUGGAUUCCAAGAGGAUUUUUGAUUCCAUGCCAGGCAGGGACUUGGUUUCCUGGAACACCAUGAUCGAUUGCUACACCCAAAAUUCUCAAUUGGCGAAUGCAAAGAUGGAGUUUGAUCUGAUGCCUGAGCGCAAUCUUGUUUCCUGGAACGCGAUUUUGUCUGCUUAUACCCGUGAUGGGCAAGUUGAUAUCGCAGAGGCGAUUUUCAAAGAGAUGCCGCAGCACGAUCUUAUCUCCUGGACCGUCUUGCUUGUAUGUUUCUCUCAAAACAAUAAGUUGACAGAAGCGAAGAAAGUUUUCGAGACGAUUCCCGAGAGAGAUUUAAUUGCCUGGAACGCUCUUCUUUCUGCAAAUGCCCUGAGCGGGCAUCUGGAGGAAACAUCUGCUCUGUUUAAUAGUAUGAACGAAAAAGACGUAGUUUCGUGGACAAUUAUGGUCACGAUGUUUGCUCAAAACUUUAUUUUAGAGGAAGCGCUUAUUAUUUUUAACCAGAUGCCAAUGAGAAACUUGGUCUCCUGGACAUCUUUAAUUUCAGCAUACGCCAUAAAAGGGUAUCUUAGUGAAGCUAAGAAUUUGUUUAAUCAGCUGCCACAAAAAGACCUCAUAGCAUGGAACACAAUGCUAAAUGCAUACUACGUAAAUGGUCUUAUGCACGAACUGAAACAGUUUUUUGAUCAAAUUCCGGGGAAAAACUUAAUUUCUUGGAACGCCGCACUGUCAGCAUUUGCCGCCAUUGGGCAUUUGUAUCAAGCGAAAAAGCUCUUUGAGACAAUGCCCGAGAGAGAUUCAGUAUCCUGGUCUCUAAUCUCACUUGCCUUCGCUCGCUGCCAACUUGACUCUAGUGCUGUUUUUGCAUCAAUGCAGCUGACCCAUUUCCCGAUUGACAGCUGCUUCAGCACUUUCAUCGUAGCUUGCAGUGACUCCGGGAACAUUCGCUGCGGCAAGGCGUGCUUCACGUCCAUGAUCGCAGAUUUCGGCAUCGAUGCAACGAAACAGCUCUACCUCUGUGUACUGAGCCUCCUGGCCCGUGCCGGAUACCUGGAAGACGCGAUUGAGCUGAUCGAAACAAUGCCCUUCGCAGCUGAUGCUUUGGAAUGGACGUGCCUGUUGUCUUCGUGCAAGAGCCAUGUCGAUUUGGAUCGUGGGAAAAACGCCGCCCAAUUCAUGCUAACUCGCGAUUCUUCGUCCUCUUACGUACUACUUAGCAAUGUAUAUCGCUUGGAUGCAAAGGAAAGCAUUGCACGAUCCACGAAACAAAAAUCUCCAAAGAUUCUGCAUCCAACCUUAUAGUUUGGUAGCUCCAAACUUAGAGAAAAAUGGAAAUCCCAACUACAAGUCAAUGCCGUAGUCAACCUUAGUCAAAGAGGGUCAAACACGACUGCAUACGUGGGUAGCAAAGGAACGUCUCAUCCGCGUGGCUUGCACGAGCACCAUGCAGGCGAUGCGUGGAUAGCUCGGCCCCACGGCCACCUCAGCUGCCACCUCGGCCUGGCACGUCCACGUAGAUUAUAUGCCCGUGUAUUUCUACCGUGAACUGCGGGGACUGAAUCUCAGUGUUUAUUCUAUUUUCUCUCUUCCCUCUUUCGCUUUCUUGCUCACUCUCUUCUUUCUCAAGAAGAAGUCCUCAAUGGCACUGCGAGAUUCUUUGUUCGCAAAGUUUGUCUUCGUGUAUGGGGACGACGACGAUGACAAUCCCCCGGAUCUCGCCCCCGCCGCCUCGGAAGUUCCUGCAUUGUCUUCUUGUUUCCUGGGGGAAGACCAGAUGGUUCCGAGAAUCAUCUAUGAGGCUCACUGCGGAGAUCGCGAUCGCCAAAGAGGUCAAACUCCUCCAACAGUUCGCAUUGGGAUCUGAGAACGCUGGAUCCUUUCACCGCUGCUCCAAUUCAAAUCCCACUUGCGUGUAAUCUCGUCCUUCUCGACCGCUCUGACGACCUAUAAACUCUCACCUCUUAUAGUUUUUGGUCACUUGUAACUCUUGAGAAUAAUACCGAUCCACGUUUGAGUCGAUCGUGUUUAGUUUUAGAUGGAGCCAUGCCUUCGCUGCUUCACCGCUAGCAAGGAAGUAUCCUCGAACGAAAAAUCCAUGCUUUCCGAAACUCCCCCCAUGAACUCGCUUAAUUAAGGUCACGCUGUUGGUCGCUUC